AUGCGAUCACGACCACGGGCGUCCGUGGAGCACCCACUAGAUACCGCUAGGCUCGUUCUUGGCUUUCUGGAUCCUGGUGAGGGAUUUUCUGUCGGCCCUGGUCUGCCCUCGUUCACCCGAGGUUCAAGGAUAGCACCUCCAUCCAUCAUCCCAGUCGCGCAUCGGACCUCCGCGGUCGAGGUACUUUACUGCAGCGCACAUCUCGAUCGAAUGGAGAUGCUCGUGCCAGUCCUGCCGGCACUGCCAGCACCAUUGCCAAGAGCACCAAGAAGUGUUGUGUUCAAUGGAUUGUAUUCUACUGCAAAGUAUCACACUAUCAAGUAUACUAUUGCUAUUGCAGCAUUGGCAGUACGACCAAUUGCUACGAUGAUGACGACUAAUCAGUUACUACUAGUAGUGGGAGGGUACUUCUUGACCACUGACUACUCGCAGCUACACGUCGUCAUUCGUCAACGGGUCAGCCGUCGUCCCCAGCAGCAACAGAUGCUGGAUAUUAACAGCAGCAGCAGCAGCAGCGCAAUUUUAGCCCGCUCCAAUCACCCUUCCUCAGUAGCUCGAUACCAGCCUACACGUGCCACCGUGGCAGCUAACCCACCAUCUAUGGAUGACGCGCAGUGCUUUGCAGAACUGCUUCUGCCCAGUGACCAGCAGAAUCCGAUAAAUGGUGCAAUGGCACUGGAUCAUCCCUCCGGGCAUUUUGCUGUGCGUAUUCUUGGAUCGGGUUUAGCCCGAACCCUCCCCGACUCGGGGAAUUAUUGCCCGUCCAUACCUGGGACGACUUGCUGUUGGCCAGUUCUUGGAGACAUGGGACUCCAAAACGACCGGGUCUGGAACGGAUAUCGGCAGCGUCAGUCAAACCAGAGGAGGGAUCCCGAAUUCGCAACUGCAACAGCCCGCCAGCUUAUCUGUGUCAAAUAG